CCCUGUCUCGAAACUCUGCACUUGUGGCACCACGCGUGUUGCUACAUUGCCCACAAAUUUACCAUCGCACGCGUAAAAACUUGUACAUCAAUUGCUACCCUCUGUCGUUGUGCCUGCAUGCCACACAUGGCAAAACGGGUUGGCGAAAAUGCCCAACGACAACGUCACCAACAUCACCAUUGCUGUGCCAAGGGCAGUAGGCUGCUGAGCAUCGUUGAUACACACGACAUCGCGUACUGGAGCCAGUGGCGUCUAGCCAUACACGGGGUUUGCGCCCGAUUUGAAGCAGUGGCACAGGUGGAAGCGGAUGCAUGGUCUCGAGAACGACUGGAUCAUGUCAGCAUUUCAAGGCAGCAGGCGUUGAGCAGCGAAGUGAGACAUCUCGAGACUCAGCUCGGCAAACACACGAGCAUGAAUGCCAAGCUGGAGGCGGCGUUGUGCGAGAACGCGGAAGCACUGGCCACGGCAGAAUCAGCAAGGAUAGCGGCAGCAGCUGCUGUCAGCCGAUUGCAGGCCCAGAUAUCCUACGACCAAGAGACAGCGAAGGCCUCCGCCAGAUCUCUGGAAGAGAAGAUAUCCCUCUCCACCAUCGCAUACCACGGCCUAGAAGAAUCGCUCCAGCAGGCACAGGAGGCCAAGCGCCAAGCUGAAGCAAGGGGUGAGGGGUUGUUGCGGGAGUCGGCGAGAACAGACGAGGAAUUGAGAGAGGCAAGACUGGCGAUGUCCAGAGCGCUUGAUGAAGCGCGAGCAGAGAAGGAGAGGAGAGAAGCGCUACAGGCUGAUCUGACGGCCCUUCGUGAGAAGUACAGCGCUCUGAAGAGACGUUUCGUCGACGCGGGGAGAAAAGUUGAAGCCGUGCGUGGCGAACGAGAUGCCUUGCGGCAAGAGCGUGCAACGCUGCAAGACAACCUGGCGGACGUGGAAAAGUUCCAGAGCUCGAACCGAGGGCAGGCGUUGGAUCGAAUGGAGCAGGACCUUGCCUCCGAACGGAUGCAAAGGGUAGAGCUAGAGGCGGACAGAGACGACCUCCAGUCACAGUUGGCAGCCGCUCUUCAGGCAGCAGCGCGUUCGUGACCGUCAUGAACAUCUGCUGUCAGCACUCUGGCUGUUUUGGCAGCCACGAUCCACGAGGUCCACGCCAGAUCCUUUGACAUGUAAAUCCUGAGAGUUUGAUGAGGGUGCACGCGGCUGUGCGCGUGGAAGUAGUGGUUUUCUCACGUCUGGAAUCCACGUUCAACGGGCGCUCGCUGAUAGAAAAGUUUCAGAUAUGUGCAGAAUUUUGCACUCGGUUGGUCUGGAACUGUUGUACAGUACAACGCUUCCAGCUUGAUUCGACCGGGGUUAUGGGUGGUGUGCAUUGGGCGGGGAACCUGGAAAAACAAAACGAAGAGGUUGUUACGAUAGGAUAGAAAUCGCUCGAUGCGGAGUGGCAAAGGGGAUGCAGUCAGAGUGAUACUGCAGAAGUAAAAUCAGGCACGAUAUGCCGGACAAGAUUGAACCACGUACAAGUACCAUUCCGAUGCCUCAGUAUUGACUGUGCAGGCGCCAUGACGAUUCCCGGACUUGGAUGAUGUCGAUCCGUGAUGAGGGUAACCGAACAAGUACAUGUGGGGCUCUCUCAACGU